AUGGGUGCUCUCGAGUUUGUGAAGCUUUGUGCUGGGUACUGGUACCUGAGUGACGCUUUCUCCCAUUUUCUUUUAAAGGGGUCCUCUCCCAAAACCCACCGUCGCAGCUCUCCCGGUUCCUCCUCCUCCUCCUCCUCCUCGAUUGCGAGCGGGCACUCCGACGGGAGCAUACGCCUCUGGGACUGUGAGAAGGGCACGUGCGAGGCCACGCUCAAUGGCCACAAGUCUGCAGUUACCGUCCUCCGAUACAACCACGCUGGCUCCCUCCUCGCCUCCGGGAGCAAGGACUGCGAUGUCAUUCUCUGGGAUGUCGUCGGGGAAGCCGGGAUCUUUCGCCUCCGCGGGCACCGCGACCAGGUGACUGAUCUUUCUUUCAUCGACUCGGGGAAGAAGCUGGUGACUUGCUCCAAGGACAAGUUUAUGAGGGUGUGGGAUCUGGAGACACAGCAUUGUAUACAGAUUGUCGGCGGGCACCACACUGAGAUUUGGUCUCUUGAUGUUGAUCCAAAGGAGAGGUUUCUGGUCUCUGGGUCAGCGGACCCAGAACUGCGGUUUUACCAAAUCAGGCACAAUGCAGAGGCAACUGAUAAGGUUCAGGACAAAUGGGAAAUCUUGAAGCAAUUUGGAGAGAUUCAGCGGAAAAGCAAGUAUAGGGUAGCCGCUGUCCGAUUUGAUAAAUCCGGAAGCCUCUUAGCAUGUCAAGUAGCUGGGAAAGCUGUGGAGAUUUACUGGGUUUUAGAUGAUUCAGAAGCCAUGCGCAAAUCCAAAAGGAGGCUUCAUAGAAAGAAAGAAAAGGUUUUAGCAAAAUCAGUGGUUGAAGGAAAUGAGAAUGGCAGCGUAAUAGAUCCUUUAUCCAGCCAGGAAGUGCAGCAUCCUACUAUUGUUGUCUCCGAUGUUUUCAAAUUCCUCCGAAACUUACCAGCGAGCAACAAGAUUUGCUCGAUUGCAUUCUGUCCCAAUUCUCCACCCAAAGGCGCCCUUGCUGUUCUCACUUUGUCACUAAAUAAUAACAUGUUGGAGACUCAUUUAGUCGAUAGCAGUGAUAGUAGCAAGAGCUCGAAAAUGAAUUCUGUUGAACUUCAAGGACAUCGCUCGUAUAUUAGAAGUGUCGCACUGAAUUCCGAAAGUAACCUUCUAAUGUCAACCAGCCACAAUGUGGUUAAGAUCUGGAAUCCAAGUACUGGGGCCUGCCUUCGAACCAUUGAUUCUGAAUAUGGCUUGUGUAGUUGCUUUGUUCCAGGAAAUCGGUAUGCUCUUGUGGGAACAAAGAGUGGAAAGUUAGAAAUUAUUGACAUUGGGAGUGGGAGCUUGACAGAGGUGGUUGAAGCUCAUGCUGGUCCAAUACGGUCAAUUGUACCCAUUCCGGAUUUGAAUGGAUCUAUAAGUGGGCGCGGCUUCGUCACUGGGAGUGCGGAUAAAGAUGUCAAGUUCUGGGAAUAUCAGAUAUUGCAAACACCUGAUAGUGGCUCCAAAAAAUUAAGUGUGGCAAAUGUUAGGACUUUGAAAAUGAAUGAUGAUGUCCUUGUUGUCUCCAUCAGUCCAAAUGGAAAGUACAUUGCUGUUGCUUUAUUGGAUUGCACAGUCAAGGUCUUCUUUGUCGACACGCUAAAAUACUUUCAACACCUUUAUGGCCACAAGCUUCCGGUUUUCUGUAUGGAUUUUUCAUCAGAUGGAGAUCUACUAGUUACUGGUUCUGCAGAUAAAAAUCUGAGGAUCUGGGGUUUGGAUUUUGGCGAUAUUCGUCGAUCUAUUUUUGCCCAUGCAGACAGUGUUAUGGAUGUGAAAUUUGUCAAAAAUACGCAUUAUAUGUUUAGUGUGGGGAAAGAUCGUCUUGUGAAAUAUUGGGAUGCGGACAAAUUUGAGUUAUUGUUAACUCUUGAGGGGCAUCAUGAUGAAGUUUCAUGCCUUGCGGUUAGUAAUCGCGGUGAUUUUAUUGUUACAGGAUCACACGAUCGUUCAAUUCGACGUUGGGAUCGCACCGAAGAACCUCUUUUUAUUGAGGAAGAAAGGGGGAAAAGAUUAGAGGAGAUGUUUGAUUCUGAUUUAGAUAACUCAGCUGAUAAUAGAUAUGCACCGAAAGAAGUGGUUCCUGAGGAAGGAUCUGUUGGGGUUCCAGGAAAGAAGACUCAAGAGUCUCUAACUGCAGCUGAUGUUAUAAUUGAUGCAUUAGACACUGCUGAAGAAGAGAUAAAACGAAUUAAUCAAUACAAGGAGGACCAAAGCCAUGGACAAGAAACAGAGUUCCAGCCGAAUGUUUUAAUGCGAGGGCAUCCACCUUCUGAUUUUGUUCUCCAUGCACUUUCAAAUGUCCCCGCCAAUGAUGUGGAGCAGAUGCUGCUGUCGCUGCCAUUUUCAGAUGCUUUAAAGCUAAUGUCUUACUUGAGAGAAUGGGCCCUCAUUCCUGACAAGGUUGAGCUUGUUUGUAGGGUUUGUACUGUGCUGCUUCAAACACAUCAUAACCAGUUGACGACUACAGUGGCUGCAAGGCCCAUGUUAACGUCAUUGAAGGAUAUUCUUCAUGAAAGAGUUAAGGAAUGUAAAGACACGGUUGGUUUCAACCUUGCAGCAAUGGAUCAUCUGAAGGAACUCAUGUCCAUGAAGUCGGAUGCACUUUUCCGAGAUGCUAAGGCAACACUUAUGGAAAUUCGCAUGCAACAGUCGAAGCGUACCGAUCGGAGAGAGAUCAAUGAGAAGAGGAAAAAGAAAAAACACAAGGUUUCUGCCGUUGCUCAAGCUGCUGCCUAACCUAGACAAUAUUAUAAAUUAAUUAAUUUUAAUUCUAUAAUGUAUUAUCGUGUAUCAUUUGCUCUUGGAUGAGCAUAUAAAAUUUUGACUUGAAAGAGUUGCAGGUCAGUCUGCGAAGGGUCAUUGCUGCUGACUUACCUAUUCGCUUGUAAUUCUAGCAAAGGAAACUAGGAAAGCUGAUCUAUGUUUAGCAGUGUAUAUUUGACAAAUACUUCUUAAUUAAUUUUCCUGGAAAUUUUGUAUUAUCCUGUUGUGGAA